AUGUUUAUCAAUACUAAACCAGUUAAUUCAUCAAUUACAUGUAACAUCUACCUUCAAUCUCCCCUCUUAUGCAUAAAUAGCACAAGCCUUGUAAGAUGUAAUUUAAUUCAAAAAAUUAUAGGUAGAUAUGACUUAGAAGAAAAUAGGUGUUUGGAGAUAGCUUAAAGAAAUUUUGGCUGUUCAUCUGACUUAAAUAAGGAGGCCUGCAUUUAUUAAUUAACAAACCAAUAGGGAUAAGGUGUUAAUUGUAGAAAUAUUUAUAUAUUUUAGGUAUUUUUCUUGAGAGAUGCCGACCAAUAAGCGAUGUGCAACUUUAGAAGUUAAGUUGCUCUGAUAGAAUUAACAAACUAGCUUGCAUGAAUUUACCCUAAAAAUUUUGUGUUUGGAACAAUAAAUGUUAAAAUUUAGAUGAUAGAGCUAACUUAAAUUAGUGUUAUGCAUCCAAUUUACCUGUUACUCCCUACACUUGUUAGCAAUCACAGUCAGACUUAUGUAUUAUAAGAUUACUAAGUAGGCAUGAGUAGUUGGAAGCAUGGUGGCUUUAGAUGUAUUGGAGUUGAAAUCGAUUAAUUAAAUACAAUAACUUGCAAUUAGAAAGGGUUGAAUGAAAAAGCAUGUAUUGCUAUUAAAACAAGAGAUUAAUAAUGUAAGAUACAGGAUUUAUCUUAGGCAUUUUUUAAAAUAAACGCUGUAGUUCUAUUGAGCCCUCUUAAAUCACAUCAUGUGAUCUUAAAUUGAACAUACAUGCCUGUCUUUCUUCAAAACAAAAUAAUAAAUUGCAAUGUGAAUGGUUUGACUCUUCUUGUAGAGUAUUUCAAAGUAAGGAAGAUGAUUGCCCCUCUAGAAGCUUAGUAAACUCUUCUGUUUGUUCAAACUCUAAGAAGCUCUGCAUGUAUAAUGAAAAAGAGAAAAUCUGUUAAAAAAUUCAUGUAGAGACAAGAAAUUCUUUGAAUUGUAAUACGAUUGGAUUAUCUAAGGGAGGGUGCCUAUUAGNUGCAUUCUAAAUAUAUAUAUUUAAUACUUGA